AUCCCCCGGGGGCCCCCCAGGGGGCCCCCCCGGGGGCCCCCCCGGAGGCCCUUCCCCUUGUGGGCCCCUUCGGGGCGCCGCGGGCGGUGCGGGGGGCCCCCGGCGACGGCGCGGAGGGCGCUGCAGCGGCGGCAGCAGCAGCAGCAGCAGCAGCAGCAGCAGCAGCAGCAGCAGGACCGUUUGCUGCAGCGCAUGCAAUGAAAGUGAAGGAAGUGGUGGAAGUGUUUGACCUGCGGGCCUUCGGUGCUGCUGCGCUGCAGCACCCCGAGGCCUUUGGGGAGCUGCUGCAGUGCGGGGGCCUCUUCUCUGUGGUUUACCUGCGCAGCAAAGCAGCAGCAGCAGCAGCAGCAGCAUGCACAUUCCGGCACUUGUCAGCUUUUGCGGAGAGCAUAGGCCAGCGCCUGCGCGAGCACAAGGCCGCCACGCGCGCUGCUGCUGCUGCUGCUGCUGCUGCUGCUGCUGCUGCUGCUGCUGCUGCAGACGCCGCCGAGGCCGCCGAGGCCGCCGACCCCCACCUCACCGCCGCGCCCGACGCGCUGCAGCAGCAGCAGCAGCAGCAGCAGCGGCGGGCCAGCCGGACGCACACGCACGCGCAAACUCCCCACGCAGACGCCGCGAAAGAAGCAGCAGCAGCUUCUGCUGCUGCAGCAGCAGCACAUGCUGCGGAAACCCAAGCUCAGGACGAGCAACAGGCAGCAGCAGCAGCAGAUGCUGCUGCAGCAGCAGCAGAUGAGGAAGCAGCAGCUGCAGAGACAGCAGCAAAGGAAGAAGAAGCUGCAGCAGCCCAGGCUCAGGAAGAGCAAGAGGCAGCAGCAGCAAAUGCAGCAGCAGCAGCAGCAGAAGCAGAAGUAGCACCUGCAGAUGCAGCAGCAAAGGAAGAAGAAGCUGCAGCAGCCCAGGCUCAGGAGGAGCAAGAGGCAGCAGCAGCGAAUGCAGCAGCAGCAGCAGCAGAAGCAGAAGCAGCAGUUGCAGAUGCAGCAGCAAAGGAAGAAGCAGCAGCAGAAGCAGCAGCACUAGGCGAUAGACCCGUUGCAGUGGCAGCAGCAGCAGCGCCAGCGCCUGUGGGAACUGCAGCAAAUUCCGUAGCAGCAAGAACAACAGCAGCAGUAGCGAAGGCAGUAGCAGCAGCAGAAGCAGCAGCAGCAGCAGCGCAAGCCAGCGACUGGCAAGAGGCCGCAGCAGCAGCAGCAGCAGCAGCAGAAGCUGCGGCUGCUGAAGCAAGCGAGUGGCGAGAGGCGGCAGAAGCAACGGCGUCGGUAGCAGCAGCAGCAGCAGCAGAAUUAGCACCUGCAGAGGCCGCCGUAGCAGCAGAAGCAGCAGCAGCAGCAGCAGCGGGAAACUGGAGAGAGGCCACAGCCGCGGCCGCCGCGGCCGCCGCAGCAGCAGCAGCAGAAGUGGCGCCUACUGAGGCAGCAGCAGCAGCAGAAGCAGCAGCAGCAGCGCAGGUGAGCGACUGGCGCGGGGCCGCAGCAGCGGCAGCAGCAGCGGCAGCAGCGGCAGCAGCGGACGCGGAGCCCGAGGAGGCGGCAGCAGCAGCAGAAGCCGCAGCAGCAGCGCAAGCAGGGAACUGGCAGGAGGCGGCAGCAGCAGCAGCAGCAGCGGCAGCAGCAGCAGCAGCAGAGGCCGCACCUUCCGAGGCCGCAGCAGCAGCAGCAGAAGCAGCAGCAGCAGCGCAGGCGGGGGACUGGAGCAGGGCGGCGGCAGCAGCAGCGGUGGCGGCUGCAGCAGCAGCACGAGCCGCGGAGGAAGCGCCGGCGGAAGCAGCAGCAGCAGCAGCAGAAGCAGCAGCGCGCAGCAGCAGCUUCCGCAGCAGCAGCACUUUUCGCGGCAAAACCUUCCGCAGCAUGCGCAGCAUCCGCAGCAGCAUCCGCAGCAUCCGCAGCAGCAUCAGCAGCAAACAAGACUGGAGGCGCAGCAUUCGGCAGAUCGGGCGGACGCUGCGGACUUGGCGGCGCAGCAGCGCAGCAGCAGCGCAGCAGCAGCAGCAGCAGCAGCAGCAGCAGCAGCAGCAGCAGCAGCAGCAGCAGCAGGAACUCGACGACUCCGCCCUCGCCUCCCCAGAAGACCUCGAAGGCGUUUUGGGCUCUUAUGAAAAAACCAAAAAGUGGUGGCACAGAAUUGUCACUUCCAACUUCAGUCCGCUGGCCAACAGAAACAGCGUGGCCAAUUUGCUGCUCCAGAUGCAGGGGCGCGUGUGGCCCGAGGUGAAGACAGCAGCAGAGCUGCUGCUGCCAGUCACUGCGCUGCGGGCGCUGCAAGCCACAGGAAGGCCGGAGCCGGUGCUCUACUCCUUGGGCUCCUCGCUGUUCAACUGCAGGGCGCACAUGCCUUACCGGAUGCUGCCGUCGCUGGGGCGGAAGGCGCUGCCGCCAGCAGCAGCAGUGUCUUGGCCAGCAGCAGAUUUGUUUAAUGAGUUUGAAGGGACUUUGGACUUUCCCGUGGGGGGUUUGCCUGGGGGCGAAGUGCUGCUGCACAGCGCAGCAGCAGCAGCAGCAGCAGCAGGCCCCGCAGCAGCAGCAGCAGCAGCAGAGGAGCCCGCGGCCCGCCGCAGCAAACAACUCUACUUCCGCUCCGUGCUGCUGCUGUGGCAGUUCGCCUACACUUCUUAUAAGUUCGGAGACAUUUUGGAAAACUAUUUGGAGACUCCUUUGGACCAGUUGCUCUUCAAACACUUCGUCCCCACUUACAUCGGCACUGCCCUCUUCUCCGAAUUCGGCAAUUUUUAUUUCCUCUAA